AUGGAGUUUGUUUGUCCAGCUAAAACAGCAGCUGCCCCCCUUGCAAAUAUCACAUUCUACUUUGCACAAAAGGCUGCUAAGAUCAAGGUCUCCAGAACCGGAGAGAGCGUCGUUUUAACCGAUGGUGAUAACAAAAUCGAAGGUGAAAUUGCUGUAGCACUUCAUCUUGCCAAGGCACUCAACCUCCCAAUUUACCCAGAAGCUCACCGUGCUGAGAUCGAUGCCCACGUCAACCUUUACCCAAAGGUUCAAGAUGGCCUUCUCCAGAAGGACUUCGCCUUUGUUGUUGGCAACGAAUUCACACUUGCUGAUAUCGCUGUUUACGCUGCUAUCCAGAAAUCUGGUCUCGAAGUUUCCAACAACUGGUACAACACAGUUGCUGCAAAUCCAAUGAUCAAGCGUUACCACUCCUCUGUUAAUGCUGAACAGAACAAGAAGACAGCCGCCAAGAAGGCUGAAGCUCCAAAGGAGAAGGUCUGCACAAGAUUCGCCCCAGAACCAUCUGGCUACCUUCACAUCGGCCACGCCAAGGCUGCCCUUGCUUCAGAGAUGUACACACGCUCUCGUGGAGGCGAGUUCAUCCUCAGAUUCGAUGAUACAAACCCAAAGAACGAAUCCGCUGAAUUCGAAGAGAUCAUCAAGAAGGACCUUGAGCUCCUCGAUAUCAAGUUCGACCGCUGCGAGCGCACAUCCGACUACAUCCCAAUCAUCAUCGAGAAGCUUGUUGACUUCAUCAAGCAAGGCAAGGCUUACGUCGAUGAUACACCAGCUGAUGUCAUCUCCGAGCAGCGUCUCAAGCUCCAGCCAUCCGUCCACCGUGAUGACACAGUCGAGCAGAACCUUGCUGCCUGGGAAGAGAUGCUCAAGCGUACAGAGCACGGUCUCAAGUGCGUCGUUCGUGCCAAGAUCGACUACCAGUCCAAGAACGGUGUCAUGAGAGAUCCAGUUAUUGCCCGUCACAUCGAGAACGGCUACCAUCCAAAGACCGGCACCAAGUACCCAGUCUUCCCAGUCUAUGACUUUGCCUGCCCAAUUGUCGACUCUCUUGCUGGUGUUACACACGCCAUGAGAUCCUGGGAAUACACAGACAGAGAUCACCUUUACUACUACUUCAUUGAUGCUCUCCACCUCCGCAAGGUCAAGAUCAUCUCCUUCUCUCGUCUCUCAUUCACACACACAGCACUCGGCAAGCGCCAUCUUCGCAAGCUUGUUGCCGAGCACCUCGCCGAGGGCUGGGAUGAUCCCAGAUUCCCAACAGUCCGUGGUCUCAGAAGGAGAGGUCUCAUCCCAGAUACACUCAAGCAAUUCUGCCAAGCUCAGGGUGCUUCUGCUACACAGAACAUGCACGAGUGGGGCAAGCUCUGGUCUCUUAACCGUGCCAUCAUCCAACCAUCAUCACCACGUGUCAUGUCAAUUGCACCAGAAUCAGCCGUCAAGCUCUACAUCGAAGGCGCUCCAGAGGGUGUCGUAACAUGCAACGUCAACGACAAGGUCAAGACCCUCGGUACAAAGGAACUCGCCACAGGACCAAACGUCUUGAUCGAGGAAGAAGAUGCCAAGCUUCUCCAAGUCGGCGGAAAGGCUUGCCUUCUCCACUGGAACACAUUCACAGUUACAGACAUCCAGAAGGAUGGAGAGAAGAUCGUUGAAGUCAAGGCCAAGUGGUUGGGUGAUAACGACUUCAAGUCUACAAAGAAGUUGAACUGGAUCGUCGCUGAUAAGGCUGUCGAAAUUACAAUGAGAGAAUGGAACUACCUCAUCGAGGAACCAAUCUACAACCCAGAAAUGGAUAUCACAAAGGCAAUCUGCAAGGUACCAUUCGCUGAUACAAAGCUUCUUGUCGAUGCUUCAAUCAACAACAUCAAGCAGGGUCAGAUCUUACAGCUCGAGCGCAGAGCUGACUGCAUCGUAGAUAAGAUUGAAGAUGGUAAGUACAUGGUAUUCCUUAUCCCAACAGGUACAAUUAGAAACCUUGGCCUUCCAAUCAAGAUCCAGUUGUUCGCAGAGGAAUCUCAAUAA